AUGGCAGUAUCUCUUGGCCCUUUAUCUGAUCUGAGGGUAGAACUUACACUCACGCAAAUCAACCAGGAGCUUCAGUUGUAGCUGGCAGAGAAGAAGCAGGACUUCCAAGACCUCCCAGAGAAAUUCCUUGUAUCCCAAGCUACUGCCUACUCCCUGGCCAACCAGCUGCAGAAAUACAAGUAUGAAGCAUUUAAGGACAUCAUUGAAUCUGUGCUGGGGGAGAAGCUGCUGUUUGAGGUGCUGAGGCUAGCAGAGAAGCUGGCAGAGAAGCCCACGCAAGCUGAGAAGACAUGUGAUAUCCUAACUCGAAGUCAGGCACGAGAGCUGACCCAGUUACAGCGGACAUUACGGGAAGUGAAAGAUGACUCUGUCCUACUCCAGCAGCACCUCAAGGACCUCCUCACCCACAACGACCUUGACAACCACCAGGGGCAGGUCUUCUAAGAGCGGCUGACUGAGGGACACAGGCUGGCAGAGCACCUUGCCCACAAGCUCAGCCCACCUAAGGGGGCCACAAAAUUCGUGAAGAUGAGGAAGAUGAACAAGCACAAGAGAUACUCACAUCUAGGUAACAGUGAACUAGCAGGAGCUGGUAAUGGCGUGGAACUGCAGGAGGUUGAAAAGAAGGAAGUGCCUCAGGAAUCCCAGGAUGAAUGUGUUUUGACUCCUUCAAUUCUCCAAGGAAGUUCUGACUGCAACCAGCCUUACAGUGAUGGCAAGUUUGCAUUUGAUGAAUCAGAAGUGGGCCCUGCUCCAGAUGGAGCCUGUGGUUGCUCCCAUGCUGAAGAGGAUGAAAUUCCAACUGAUCUCCCAAACAAUCAAAAUUAUCAUAAGCAAGUGGAUGGACAAGAGCCAGUGUCCCCCAGCGUGAACCUACAGGAUGUUGGAAAGAAGGAAGUGCUCCAGGAAUCCCAAGAUGAAUGUGUUUUGGCUCCUUCAACUCCCCAGGAAGGUUCUAACUGCUACCAGCCUUACAGUGAUGAAAAAUUUGCAUUUGAUGAGGAGAAAGUGGGGUCUGCUCUGGAUGGAGCCUGUGGUUGCUCCCAUGCUAAAGAGGAUGAAAUUUCAACUGGUCUCCCAGAAAACCAAACUGAUCACAAUGACCUUCAAGGACCAGUGGCUAUUGCCACAAGGCUCAGCAGGGAGCUGCCACAGAUGGUAGAGAAUGGUGUCCCACGGGACUCACUGGAUGAAUACUGUUUGAUUUACUCAAUUCUUCCUGGUCUGUCAGACUCCUUCUGGCCUUAUACAAGUGCUGCCUUCUUCUCAUUUGAGGAAGUGGAUGUCUCUUAUGCUUGGGAUGACUCCGUGUUCAUGAAUAUUUGCUGUUUAAUCAUCAGUCCUCCCGACCCCACAAAGCUCAGUCUGGAGCUGCUGGCGUUAGAAGAGAAUGAAGUCCAGCAGGACUCACUGGAGGAAAGUGAUUUGACUGGUUCUAUUGGCCAUCGUCUGUCAGACUCCUGUACGCCUUACACAAGUGCCUCAUUCCAAUCGGAUAAAAGGGAGGUCUCCACAGUUCUAGACGUAAAUGGUGACACCUGGGAGGACUGUCACCAAAGGCCUUUGAGUUUCCAAGGCCCAGGGGUACAAACUUCACAAGCACAGCUGCAGAAAAGCACCCACAUGACCAAUUAUCUGCAACUGCAGCUGGACCAGCAUUUCAAUUGUGGGCACAGCAAAGCCACACUCGGUCUUUCCUCCACCAUUUGGGGCUUUACUGCCAACACCAAUUCUGGAAGCCAAGGACCACUCUUCCUAGAGCUGGGUUUGGAUGCUUCCAUUGGAAUGAAGAACCCUCCCAAGCUGGAGGGUGAGGUCUUAGCUGCCAGCAAGCAUGAGUGUCUGGUCUGUAGCAAGAUUAAUGCCUUAAGUGUCCUGAAACAGAAGAUUAUCACAAGAAAACUGCCGUUCAGCAAGUGGAGACUAGCGUGCCAAUUCCCUGGCCUUCAAGCUUAG